GGCUGAGUUAGCGGAUCAGUCGACUUACAACUCACAACUCGCCGAGUGAAUCGUAUCAGUGUUCCGUGAACGGUGUUCGGGGAAUGAAGUGAAAUUUUUGGGAGUUAUUUUCUGUGAACUGUGCCGAGUGAAAGUUUAUCGAUCAUGAGCUCCGGAAGUGAAUGCAAUGGUGUAAAGACAAAUGGAUAUUUCAACGGAAACGGUCACCCAGAGGACCUCAAAAUAGCAAUCAUCGGUCAGAGCAACUUUGCAGCCGAAGUUCUGGAAGUCCUACUAGAGCAUCACCACAUUGUGGUCGGAGUGUUCACCAUUGCCGACAAGGGAAGCCGCGAGGACAUCCUUGCCACGACUGCCCGGCAACUUAACAUACCGGUUUUCAAGAUUUCGGCAUGGCGACGCAAGGGUGUUCCCAUUCCGGAAGUGCUGGAGAAGUACAAGUCGGUCGGAGCGAACUUGAACGUGCUGCCAUUCUGCAGCCAGUUCAUACCAAUGGAGGUGAUUGAUGGAGCCAAAUUUGGCAGCAUUUGCUAUCAUCCGUCGAUAUUGCCCAGACAUCGUGGAGCGAGUGCCAUUUCAUGGACUUUGAUCGAAGGGGAUGAUACGGCCGGGUUCUCGAUCUUCUGGGCUGACGAUGGACUGGAUACCGGACCAAUUCUGCUGCAGAGACAAUGUCCGGUGUACGGAGAUGAUACACUGGACACAUUAUACAAGAGAUUCCUGUAUCCGGAAGGUGUCACAGCAAUGGUGGAAGCAGUGAAUAUGAUUGCGGAUGGGACUGCACCGAAGAUUACGCAGACUGAGAUCGGGGCCACCUACGAUCCUGCGCUAUUCCGUGAAGAGAAUCAGUUUAUUGAUUUGAAUCAAUCGGCGGAGAGGAUUUUUAACUUCAUCAGAGGGUUGGAUUCAGUGCCUGGGGCAUUGGCGGUAAUUAUCGGGGAUGAUGGAAGUGAGUGUCCCGUGCGAUUGCACGGAGCAUCUUUAUGUGGCCCAGCCAUGCUCGAUAACGCUAAACGAGUGAACUUCAAGGGAUCAGCAGGUCCAGCUUUUGUGGAUCGCGAUGGAAUUUUUAUCACCGCAUCGGACGGACAGUUGGUGAAGGUGAAACGUGUGAAAAAAGGAAGCAAGAUGAUCCAGGCUAGUCAAUGGUUUACCCAGGCGGGUAAGAAGGUUAUACCAUUAGAGUUGAAUGCACGAGAAGUUGAGAUGGAGGAAAUACUCAAAGGAAUUUGGAAGUCCAUCUUGAAGGUGGAAAUAGAAGCGGAAACAGACUUCUUCGCCUGUGGUGCCGGUUCCAUGGAUGUCGUUCGCUUAGUGGAAGAAGUCAAAGAUGCAUUGGAGAUCCCGUUAGAAAACGAAAAUCUUUUCAUGGCACCUAGCUUCCAGGAAUUUCUGAACGAAGUAAUAAGUAGAACAAGGAAUGGAACAAGCCAGGAAAGUUCCGGACCGGAUUAUGAAUCGGUAGUUUUGAGAGAGAACAAGAAGACAAUUUCCGUACCAGUGCAGAUGUUUGUAAAUGGUAGGUUCAUCGACGCAGAGAACAAAAAGACUCUGGAUAUCAUCAACCCUACGACGGAGCAAGUAAUCUGUAAGGUCGCUGCAGCAUCCGCGUCAGAUGUGGAUUACGCUAUAAGAUGUGCUCAUGACGCUUUCAAGGGCGUUUGGAGUCAAGUAUCUGCCAGAGAGCGUGGGCAAAUGAUGUACAAACUGGCUGACCUUAUGGAACAGUACAAGGAAGAAUUGGCAACCAUUGAAUCCGUUGACUCAGGUGCAGUAUACACCCUGGCUUUGAAAACUCACGUGGGCAUGUCGAUUGACGCGUGGCGUUAUUACGCGGGAUGGACGGAUAAGAUCGAAGGAUCGACAAUUCCCGUUAAUCCAGCUAAACCAAACAACGUACUCACCUUCACCAAGCGAGAACCGGUUGGAGUUUGUGGAUUGAUCACCCCUUGGAACUAUCCCCUGAUGAUGCUCUCGUGGAAAAUGGCUGCCUGCAUUGCUGCUGGCAACACUGUAGUAAUCAAACCUGCCCAAGUUUGUCCUUUAACUGCAUUGAAGUUUGCGGAACUCUCGGUGAAAGCUGGAUUCCCACCGGGUGUAAUCAACGUAGUUACGGGAGCUGGAUCUGUCACCGGCCAAGCCAUCUCCGAACAUCCCCUGGUACGAAAACUUGGCUUUACUGGAUCAACACCUAUUGGCAAAAAAAUUAUGGCCUCAUGCGCCGAAUCGAAUAUCAAAAAAUGCUCAAUGGAACUUGGUGGCAAAAGUCCACUGAUAAUUUUCGCUGAUUGUGACAUGGAUAAGGCCGUUCGAUUGGGAAUGUCAUCCGUGUUCUUCAACAAAGGUGAAAACUGCAUAGCUGCUGGACGGCUGUUUGUAGAGCACAAGAUUCACGACGAAUUUGUGCGAAAAGUAGUGAAAAACAUCAAAACUAUGACCAUAGGGGAUCCGCUAAAUCGAGGAACAGCUCAUGGUCCACAGAAUCACAAAGCUCACAUGGACAAGCUGGUAGAGUAUUGCCAGAUUGGAGUAAAGGAAGGGGCUAAGCUUGUCUAUGGAGGAAAACGAGUGCCCAACAUGAAGGGUUGGUUCUUCGAGCCGACUGUCUUCACCAAUGUGCAGGAUCACAUGUUCAUAGCAAAAGAAGAAUCUUUCGGGCCUAUCAUGGUCGUCUCAAAGUUCCACAGCAGUGAUUUUGACGCAUUGGUUCAGAGGGCUAACGCUACAGAAUACGGUCUUGCCAGCGGAGUGUUCACCAAUGAUAUCCGGAAAGCAAUGCUGUUUGCCGAUAAAGUUGAAGCUGGAACCGUCUUUGUCAAUACGUACAACAAGACAGACGUUGCUGCUCCUUUUGGAGGGUUCAAACAAAGCGGAUUUGGAAAGGAUUUAGGCCAAGAAGCACUGAACGAAUAUCUCAAAACCAAAUGUGUGACCAUUGAGUAUUGAUAACACCUCCCAAGGCAUGGCAUCUCAUCACAUAUAAGCUUAUUAUGUAAAUCAUCAAUAAACGUGUGCAUUUAUUACAUUAA